AUGGGUGCUGUCGUGGGUGCUGUGGGUGCUGUCGUGGGUGCUGUGGGUGCUGUCGUGGGUGCCGUGGGUGCUGCCACCCCUCAGCCCCCCCAUUUUACCCGCGGGCCGAGGGCGGCCGCCGCGAAAUGGCGCCGCCAUCACGUGCCCGCCGCCCGCGGCCUCGCGCGGCGCCUGCGCUGGGGCGGCGGCGGCGGCUCCGCCCUCGGCGUGUCCCGGGCGCGGCGGGCUGAGCGCGGUGCUGGCCCCGCUCUGCUGGCCCUGCUCUGCCCCUGCUCCGCGCCUCCGCCCGGCCUCACGCUGCGAGGGAGCCGCGCACCGGCGGCGGUGAGUGGCGGCGCGGCCGCGGGGACCGGCCUGUGCGCGGCGGCCGGGGGAGGGGGGGAGGACAGGCCAGGCCGCGGGGGCAGCCCGGGGUGCGGAGACUGUCUGACAGUCUGA